GUGUGGGGCAAUGGUUGCAGGUGCCAGGUGACCUGAAUCGUGCUUCCUUCCUCGGACAAACCCGUUGGAGGACAACAGCUUCUUCCAGUGAUAAGCUCGAGAUGUGACCUCCGUUCCCCUCUGUCGUCAUUCAACUGAGUCCUUUGCCAUCGUCUCUUUGCUCUCCUUUUGCAUGACUCCAUAAGAUACUCAACGUCCACUGUUCCUUGGCUUCCAUCCCCCACAUCGAAUGCCCGGUGCAUCUUGACGAGGCAAUUGCUCCGAUGUCUCAUGGAAACGUCCCCUCCGUGCCCCUGGGAGAGGCACCCUCCUCCGGCCUGGGGCCAAACCAAGACCGCAAACUCCCGCCGUCUACUCCGGACUGGAAUAACCUCAGGAUCAUCCACCGGAACACCCUGCCGCCCAGAGCCCACUUCUUCUUGUACCAAAACGCCUGGGAUGCCUUAUCUCGCGAUGUCUCUCUCUCCAAAGCACAGCUCCUGUCCGGAAAAUGGCUCUUCAAUCUUGCCAGGUCACCACUGCAGGGUCCUGUCGACUUCCACAAGCAGUCUCCCGUGCAGCUGGCAGGCACACCCGAAUGGGUACCCGUCGCUGUACCCGGAAUGUGGCAGCUCCAAGGCCACGGCAAAGGGCCACAGUACACCAACCUGAACUUUCCCUGGCCUGUCAAUGUUCCUCACGUACCAAUUGAUGACAAUGAAUGUGGCCGCUAUGUAACCCAAUUCUCGCUUGACCAACAGGAUAAGGGCCAUCAGCUUAGGCUACGUUUUGAAGGCGUCGAUGCUGCCUUUACCGUCUGGGUCAACCACCAACAGGUUGGCUACUCCCAGGGCUCCAGGAAUCCAAGUGAAUUUGAUAUCACACAAUUUGUCCGUUUUGAAGACAUCAAUGUUCUCUCGGUCGAGGUUUACCAACGGUGUGACGGGAGCUACAUCGAAGACCAAGAUCAAUGGUGGCUCAGUGGCAUCUUUCGAGAUGUUUGGCUGCACAAAUUUCCCAAGACGCACUUUGAGGACGUUCAGAUCCAGACUGAGUUACACAACAAGUACAAAGAUGCAACACUCCAUGUGGGGGUCAAAGUUAACUCCGACGCCAAUGUCACCCUGAGUCUCUUGGAUGCGGACAAUGUCGAGAUUGCGAGAAAGACAAAGGCCGGCGAGGGAAUGAUACACUUUGAUGUCCAUGUCAAGAAUCCCCACAAAUGGACGGCCGAAACCCCCUAUUUGUACCAGCUCGCUCUUUCGAUGCCUGGUUGUUCCCUUGCUGAACGGGUUGGCUUCCGCAAAGUUGAACUCAUUGAUGGAGUCUUUUGUGUCAACGGACAACCUAUCAAGCUCCGCGGUGUCAACAGACAUGAACAUCAUCCUGAUCAUGGACGGGCAGUUCCCUUUGACUUUUUGAAGGAGGACCUCCUGCUCAUGAAGAGGCACAACAUCAACGCCAUCCGAACUUCUCAUUACAUCAAUGACCCCCGGCUGUACGAACUGGCAGAUGAGCUUGGCUUGUGGAUCUUGGACGAGUGUGACCUCGAGUGUCAUGGCUUGUUUGUUGUGGGUGUGGAUGGUAACAAGCUCACAUCCGACAAUCCGGAUUGGGAGGAAGCCUACAUUGAUCGUGCUCGCCAGAUGGUCAUGCGGGACUUCAACCGCCCAAGCAUCAUCCUCUGGUCUCUGGGCAACGAGUCUGGCUAUGGCCGCAAUCACAGGGCAAUGUACAAGUUCAUCAAGAGCCUUGACAAGAGUAGGCUUAUCCACUACGAAGGUGAUUGGAGAGCCGAGUCCGCAGAUGUUAUCAGCAGAAUGUAUCACUCCAUACAAGACACGGAGAAGUAUGCAAAGGACCGCUCGUGGGACAAGCCUGUUGUUCUGUGCGAGUACAUUCAUGCGAUGGGAAAUGGGCCAGGUGCUAUCAAGGAGUACAUUGACUUGUUCUACAAGUACCCGAGACUCAUGGGCGGUUUUGUGUGGGAGUGGGCUAACCAUGGUCUGAGAACCAAGACCAAGGACGGCAAGGAGUACAUGGGAUACGGCGGUGACUUUGGUGACGACCCCAACGACUACAACUUUGUUCUUGACGGACUCUGUUUCUCUAACCAUACUCCGACCCCCGGUCUCAUUGAGUACAAGAAAGCCAUCGAACCUGUUCAAACAUUGGGCAUUGAGAAGGGUGGUCUCGUCCGAAUUGUCAACCGAUACGAUUUCCUUACCCUUGAUCAUUUGAUAUGCCAUUUGUCGUGGGUAGACGGCUCGGGCUCCUAUAACCUCGGCAUGGUAGAAGUUCCAAAAGGCAUCAAACCCCAUUCUGAAGGCAUCAUUCGCAUUGAACUCCCCUCAUCUACACGGCCAUUAUCUCAUUUGACACUGGAGUUUCGACUGGCCGCGCCAACGGGCAUGUGGGGAGAUGCCGGUCAUCUUGUUGCCACAGGUCAAGUUGCGGUUCACCCUCCAAAGCAGUUGCAGACACUGCCUCUGAAAAUGAAGCGGAUUGGGGCUGUCAAGACUAGUUUGAUCAACCCGUCACUGCUCUCCAUCGUUGGGUCGGGUGGGAUCUCGUGGGAUUUUGACCUUACUAUCGGUCAACUGGUGAGCUGGAAAAAUCCGAAGCAGUCUGAUGAGAAUAUCCUGGCCGAGCCGCUGGGGUUUGAGAUUUAUCGCGCCAUGACGGACAAUGAUCGGGGAUGCGACUUUGGCAGGAACUGGUUUAACAGACGGUUGCACCAAGCAAAGUUUCAUUUAGUGGAGGCGACGUGGAAGGAGUUGCAUGAGGGAGCAGCGACGGAGAUUGUGGUCAAGGGACGGAUGGCGCCUCCGGUGUUGAACUGGGCUUUGGAGUUGAAGAUUACGUACAUGUUGGGCGGGCAUGAUGUUGCUAUCAAGGUGGAGGCGAAGCCUACAGGGGCCCUGCUCCCCAGAGCAUGGGGGCGACUGGGACUGGUGACGAAGCUCAAGGGGGUUGAGAGUGUGGAGUGGUUUGGACGGGGCCCAGGGGAGGGGUACAGAGACAAGAAGAUGAGCCAGCUGGUUGGGUGGUGGGGUGCGAAGGUGGGGGAGCUGAUGACGGAUUAUGAAUUCCCGCAGGAGACGGGGAACAGGACGGAUGUGAGAUGGGUCAGGUUUAGGAACAAGGAGAACAAGAGUUUGUUGAGUGUGGAUUGGCAGAAUUGGCAGGCCCAGAAGGGAGGAAGGGAGAUGGGGGAUUUUAGCGCGUUGAGGUAUUCGACAAGGGAGCUGGACGAGGCGAAGCAUCCUUUUGAGUUGGAGGAUAAGGGGAAGGAAGGGGAGACGGUGGUGCAUUUGGAUUGGUGGCAUCACGGGUUGGGGACUGGGAGUUGUGGGCCCGAGACGUUGAGGGAGUAUACCCUUGAGGCUGGGAAGGAAUAUGAGAUGGAGGUUUUGCUGUACUGAGGUGGUUGGAGGGAUAUGUGCUGGUGAAGGGUGGUUAUCUUUAGUGUCUAUGGUUCAAGAUGAAAGGGGGGCGAAGGUAUUUGAUUGGGGAGAUGUUGAUUUAUUCCUUGUUUAGUCUUAUCAAAGUCCUUUAGGUACAUGUGUGUCGAAAUGUCUGUCUAGGUCAGCCUUUGAUCCAAUCUAUGGAGCCCUUGCCCCAAUGUUGUUCACCAUCAUGGCCAGC